UUCUCUUUGCAUAGAUAUGUGUCUGUAAAAACAGAACAUUCAUACCGAGGCCAGAGUGCCAUAGAAGUUAAUUAUAGAGACAGUAAAGUCUUUUUAUGCCAGGAAAAAUAAAUGCUGGGUGUCUCAUGAAAUUUCAGAACCCAGUUUCAAAGGAUCCUAACAAAGAGGAAAUAAAAUCCAGCAUGGUGGACUGCUCACAGGAUAUACUUAUGAAAUUCCAAAGACUGCCUUAUUUCUUCUCAUUUUAGAGAAAAAUGAGCAGGCGGAAUCGUUGGAUUUGUAAGAUGUGCAGCAAUGAAUCUGAGAGGCUCCCUUCAAACCUUACUCUGGAAGAAGUAUUACAGUGGGCCCAAUCUUUUGAAAAUUUGAUGGCUACAAAAUGUGGCCCAGUAGUCUAUGCAGCAUACUUAAAAAUGGAGCACAGCGAUGAGAAUAUUAAAUUCUGGAUGGCAUGUGAAACCUAUAAGAAAAUUGCCUCACGGUGGAGCAGAAGUUUUAUGGCAAAGAAGCUUUAUAAGACCUACAUCCAGCCACAGUCCCCUAGAGAGGUUAACAUUGACAGUUCAACAAGAGAAACUAUCAUCAGGAACAUUCAGGAACCCACGCAAACAUGUUUUGAAGAGGCUCAGAAAAUAGUAUAUAUGCAUAUGGCAAUGGAUUCCUAUCCCAGGUUUCUAAAGUCAGAAAUGUACCAGAAACUUUUGAAAACUAUUCAGUCCAACAAUUCUUGACUUUUCUGACUGCCACUCAAAAGUUUAAAUGGUAGAUAGAUGGCAUAUAGCAAGUACUUGCUUUGAUCUUCUACUUUAGGAAAGCACAAAAUCACAACCAAAGAUGAAAUAAAACAGGAAUCUAGCUAAAAAUUUAUUUCUAGUUCCAAAAAGAAAAGGAUUCCAAAAGGAAUGAACUCUAAAACUUUUAUACCAUAAAUAGCACAAUGCAUAGCGUACCUAAGUAGCUCAGUUAAUAUAUAAGGGAAAGGUAGAUCUUUCUUCAUUACAUGGACUUUAUAUUUUUACUAUAUAUAUAGUAAGCAACUAAUUAAUUCUUUCAUUAAUUUUGCUGUCAUUAUGCACAGAUUACUUAUUUAAAAAACUGUAGCUCUGUAAAUUAUGUCUUUAUCAUGAAUAUAUUCUGCAAAUAUAGUAUUCUUAAUAGCUCAAUUUAGUAGACAAAUCUGGUACUCAUAAUAAUUGUU